AUGCUGGGAGUCCCAUGGACAAAGAUACUGCUGGGUGCUUUUGUGGGCUACCUGGCUUAUACAAUCUACACUUUGUACAGUAUUUUCAUGCCACAGCCAUGCACAAAGAGCCAACACUGCAUUAAACCAUACCUGCUUACAAAACCUAAACUUGGGUUGCAGAUUUCUACAUCUACACAGGCCAGCCAAGGUGCUGCAUUGACAACCAUUUGGAAAUAUGAUAAUUUUACAAUAGAUGCCAUUGUUGAAAAGACUGUGAAUGUCAGCGUCCCGCUAAAAACUAGGAAAAAUGGAACGCUGUAUGUGCACGCUAUAAUUUAUCCUCGUGGAAGUCAGUCUCCAGAAAAGGAUUACUUGGCUUAUUCUGUUUCCAAGAUUACCACCUACUCAUUGCCACAAGCUUCUUUUAUUAAUCUUCUAGGAAAUAAGGAUCAGACAGAAAAUAAUACUUCAAAAUCAGCUUCUGGAAAGAAAGAGGAGAAGGUACUACCACUCACUCAUUGGAGACAACGCUUAUCUGUCAAUGUUCUGGAAGAUCAUAUUGACCUUGAUCGACAGAAAAUACCAGGAGAGAUAUACCCCUAUCUUAGAACAACACAAGAUGGGAGACAUUACUAUCCCAUUGUUUUUAUCGAUGAACUGGGAUACCGCAUCUCUGACUUGCUGCCACUGAAUGAAAGUGCUACCGUCAUGCCACUGACCAUCACAUAUUCUCCUAUAUCCUUUGGUAAACUGAGGCUGUGGAUAAACAUUCAGCAGUCCCUGAAGAUGCUGACAGAGCUAGGUUUUACAGAAAAGGACACAGAUGAAAUUAAAGGCAUCUUUGCAGACACCAAUUUCUACUUCCUGAUGUUGACAUUCACAGUUGCUGCAUUCCAUCUCUUAUUUGAUUUCCUGGCAUUCAAAAAUGAUAUACAAUACUGGCAUGCUAGAGACACAAUGGUUGGCCUUUCCACAAAAGUGG